UGUGGCACUUGCUGCGCAUUUUGGUGUUUAAAAUGUUGCAGCUGCGCCGGUGUAGCUACCCAAAGAUACAGUUAGCUUAGUUAGCUAUUUAUCUAGUGUGCGUCCAUUAUCGGACAUGUCUCUGCUGUCAGUAUCAUGUUACUCUCACCAUGUUAUUCUGUUUAUGUCUGCGUUUUACAGAUUCAGGAAGUUUACCUACAGAUGUUUAGGGAAAGCAUAAAUAUUGUUAGUACCAGUUCGGGAUGAAGAUGGAAGAUGUCCCAUCUGCAGGAAGACGAAAUGAUGAUCAUGUUAAAUUAGACUUCAGCAGAGACAGGAACUCCGUUUCUUUGAGUAACUUUAGAAGAGAUACACGAAAACGACUUGAUUUGACUGAACUCUGUGGUUUAUUUGUUGCUUCAGGGUCAACAAACAUCAGGUUGUUUAAAAAGACAAAACGACACUAUCACGACUAACCAUAUCCUGUGAUAUUUAGCUGGUCAGCAGUUUCACUACUUGGCCUCAGUUUGCUGAUGGGUGCGGUGUCUGCUGUCUGUUCACACAGUGGACAACUGUACACCAUAGGGUUAAUGGUAUAGACUAAAAGUAAUUAGAAACACAGAUGUAAGAUCAUGUUUAUCAAUAUAUAUUGGUAGGAUUGAGAGACACCACAUAUCAAAUAUCAGAAUUGAUAUUGUUGUUGAUCUAAUCUUGGGCUGACUUGGGAGCUGAAGGCCAAGAUGCCACACACGUCCAUAUGACUGAAGUCUUCUUACCAAUUUAUGUCAACUAUGUAUUGCUAUUAUUCACUUGCAUGUUAUGGCUAUCCCCCUUUGAGUGCCCACCCACCCAUCCCUAUGUAAAACAUUUGUUUUCAUAGCUAAAACCCAGACUUAACUAGAAAGCUCAGUUAUUCUGUUUACAACAGAUAUGUCUGUGCCUCACAUAGAAAGUCAAGGCACGCCACCUCGAACAAAAAAAUACAUCUAUAUUGAGCAACAAAUUAAAAAAGCAAGGUAAUAUUUCAUAUUUCAGUUAAUGGUCUAGAAUCUGGACCCACCACCACCUACUUAAUCACAAAUCACCACCCACAUUUCUGAACGUUUUAAACCAGUCAAAAUGAUCCAACGAACGAUAGUUUGUCCCCAAGACUGAAAACAGUUUGGAAGAACUCAAAAGGUUUGUUUAUAUAAGCCGAUUUUCAUUUUCUAAAUGUCUUUUCAGUUUGGAUGGCUUCAUAUUUUUGUGUGCCAUCACUUUGCUGCACACGAGACUGAGGAUAAAACUCAUUUUACCUGUGUAUUCUGUAUCUUAUUUGUGUUUCACAAUGCUAAACUGCCAGCAUGAAAACAAUCUUUAGAUUUCUCAUUUUUGUUCUUUUGCUGUUAAGGUGAAUUACAGCGAUCUACUGAGUGUGGACAGUGGACGUGUAGCCCUGUAUACGAAACAGGAGACCGAGCUUUUCAUCAUGAACUGUGACAUAGAUGGAGACAUGGAGAACCAGGUGGAGAUGGAGGAGAAGACGAGGUUAAUAAAUCAAGUUUUGGAACUUCAGCACACACUUGAAGAUCUGUCAGCACGAGUCGACGCAGUCAAGGAAGAGAACCUGAAGUUAAAGUCAGAGAACCAGGUCCUUGGUCAGUACAUCGAGAACCUCAUGUCUGCCUCCAGCGUCUUCCAGACCACUGACACCAAGAGCAAACGGAAGUGAGGUACCUUCAAGUCUUCUGCUAAUAGCUGGGAGAGGAAACCCCACCAUGGAGACAUGGAGAGAGUUUAGUUUUGUCGACAGACCUGGGCGUUUUCUUUUUUUUUUUUCUUUAACAGAGAGAGCCCCCUUACCUGAGCAGAAAAUAACUAUUUAAUAAUCCAAAACAUAAACUGAUCCUUUAACCCAUCCUGCAGGCUCAGAAAAAGAUACAUUUCAUGUUAGUCUGGCCUGGGUCUGUUCUGUAGCAGCUUCCUCUCCACACUACAAACCAGGUAGACAUUAACCUUUAUUUACUUACACAAAAACAAGAAGUAUAUGAAGUGGUUAUGGGUCAUUUUUUACCUUAAGUUUCUUCUUUAAGCUCCUUUGCAAACUCUAAUAUAUCCUGUUAACCCAUUUAACCUGCCUGGUUUUCUGUUUGAGGACUAGUUUCUGUCUCAAACUGACCUGUGUUGGGCUGAAACAACCCAUCAAAUACUACAAAUAACCUGAAUUUAAUGUCUGGUUUCUUUUAUUUAUCUUUGUAAAUGUGUGUCUGCAUCAGCUGGAUCUGAGUUUUUUGGCAGGUUUUGGAUGUCAUCUUGCCAUCUAUGUAUUCCCCCGUUUGAAGCAAACAAACUAAACAGUAUUACUAAGAAUGCUGAUGGUAUACAGAUCACAUGGAUGAGAACAAAUAGAUCUCCUGAAUGGGUUUCCUUUGGUUUGAAAGAUUUGCACAUCUCAUGUAUGGCCUCAAAUCAAUUAUAAGUUAGCAGCAGAAGGUGUAAAGAUGCUUGAAAUAGAAAUGCUACCACUAUAAAGUUAAUAUAAGAUACAGGUCAAACUGGAAACUGUGCUAACAGGGACCUAAUUACUCCAGUUAAAAUUAAUUAGAACCAUCAACAUCAAAUGUAAAAAACUGGCCUUGUUAAGAUCUAGUCACUUAUUCAAAAGAAAAAAUAGAAGCACUAAUCAUGUAUAGUCUCAAUUUGAUAGUUUCUCUCAGGUUAGAAUAAAUAUUCUCCUCUAAAACAUACAGGAUCAUAUUUUUUCAUGGCACACCAGUUCUACCUUUAGAGUUGCAUUUUGUAAAGUAAGAUUGUUUUUUGCUGGUUGUGAGUGCUGUAGAUCUCAUUAAACAUACAACACAACCUUGUACUAGAUUUGGCCAAACCACUUUGUUAAAACAAAUACAAAUAUGUGUUCUCUUAUUAUUUAGAGUACUUUAUUGGCCUUUCUGUUUUCCCAGGAAAACAGAACGGUUUUCCUGGAACAGACAGAAACAUGGUGGUAGCAAAAAGAAAUCUGGCCAUCCCAAUGACCCACUUCACGAUUAAACUUUUAUAAAAAGAGGUUAAAACAUCUUUUUGAUUAGGUCUGAGUUGUAUGACUUUUGUAUAUACGGUGACUUGUAUGCAUAUGUUAGCAUACACCUACAGUACAUGUGAGACAUGGACAAGCACCAGGGGCCAUGUAGUUGAAACAUAUAGUGUUAUAUCUAAAUAAGCAUUCAUUAAAACACUGACAUUUAUUAACCUAAAAACACUUCUGGAAUACUUUUAACAUCUAUGCUAACAGUAAAAUUGGAAUUUACAACUAAGCAGAAUAUGUGUUGUCCAUAUACUGUAAGUGCUGCAAGCGGAAGUGAAAGCAAAGAGAAACUAAAAUCUAUUAGCACAGGAAUUUGGGUCUUAACUAACAUCACUGAUGUUUUUAUGCAUUUAUUUUUAUUAUCACAAUGACACCUUACUUUCUGUACUUAAAACAUGUGUGUUGCCCUUUCUCUGCAUUGUUUCAUAAUUGAGUGUUGUGACCCAAACUGUAACAUGAGAGCGACAAAGGAGAAGGGUCAUAAAUGCAGAGGCAAAGCCUGCAUGCAAGACAGAAAGCAGUGAAGAGGCCUUGAGUGCUAUUGAUCCCUCUCAGCCAAGCCUGCAAUCCAUCAGGUGAUGGAGGGUUGGUCUGACUGUAAACUGAGCAGCAGAGUGAGGGUGUGUCCUCCUAUGACACUGCUGCUGUAGAUGAGAAUAAGAAAGGGCUGAAGGUGGAUGUACAGGAUGAUGAAUCAUGUUGUUUUUAAAGGUUCAUAUUCCCUUUAAAGUCAAAGUAUUCUGUUCAAUGUCUGAAAGUCGUGAAUCCACCUGUUAUCAUGUUACUGUGGUGCUUUCAAAAAGGGAGGAACUGGAUAUAACAAGGCUACAAACUGUAUAUGCUGUAAUUUAUUGAGGUAAUUUUGAUAUUUUAACAGUUGUAUAAAAGUAUUACAUUGAUUUCUUCCUGGCAUGCUGAAUAUGCCCCAUCUACACACACCCUGGUACCAACUUCUCCGUGUGUAGACACUACAAUGUUGCUUUAAACAUUUUUGUUUUAAUAAAACCCUAAAAUCAC